UCAAGUGCCAACUGAUAACAACGGAGAAGAUCAAAUGCGUGAAAAUAACAAAAAUGGCUGAAGAGCAAGAGGUGAUACAGGUAGAGCUGUUAUGCAAGCAGCUCUAUGAGUCACAGGAUCCAUUGGUUCGAGAACAGGCUGAGAAGGCAGUUGUCGCAUUCCAGGAGGCGUCAGAUACGCUAAGCAAAUGCCAGGCCCUACUAGAGAGAGCCGACUCCAGCUAUUCGCAGCUCCUAGCAGCCACUACAUUGAUGAAACUUGUUAGCAGAUCAGCAACGGACCUGUCGGUGCAACAGAGAUUGGACAUUCGGAACUAUGUGCUGAACUAUCUCAGGACCAGGCCAAAGUUGGCCAACUUUGUAGUGCAGGCCCUAAUAUCACUGUUUGCUCGGAUAACAAAACUUGGCUGGUUCGACACGAUAAAGGAAGAGCUGGUCUUCCACAAUGUGUUGUCGGAUGUUACAAAUGGAUUCCUUCAGGGUCCAGUGGAAAUUUGUACAAUAGGUGUGCAAAUUCUAUCUCAGUUGGUCGUGGAGGUAAAUCAAAUCAAUGAUUCAGAUGCCAGUCGCUCGGUGUGUAAGCACAGGAAGAUUGCAUCGUCUUUCAGAGACUCUCAACUCUUCGAGAUAUUCCGAGUCUCCUGCUCCCUCCUGAGCACAGCGCGAGGGAAUCGGAUCGCAUUAGCUGAUGAGCAGCAGCAGGCAUUGCUCCUUGCCCUGCUUCAGUUGGCACACAACUGCCUCACGUUUGACUUUAUCGGGACGACCAGUGAUGAGUCAAGUGAUGAUCUCUGUACCAUACAGGUGCCCACGUCGUGGCGACCCACGUUCCUGGAGGCCAGUACCCUGGAGCUGUUCUUCGCGCUGUACUCUCAGGCCCAGGCGCGGGGCUCCAUCGCCGGCCUCGCCCUCGCCUGUCUGGUGCAGCUCGCCUCCGUGCGCCGGUCACUCUUCACCAACAACGAGCGAGCCAAGUUCCUCAACCAGCUUGCAGCUGGAGUACUGACAGUGCUCGAUGACACACAGGGUCUAACAGAUCCAUCGAACUACCACGAGUUCUGCCGGCUACUGGCGCGACUCAAGUCCAACUAUCGCCUGGGUGAACUGGUGAUGGUGGACAACUAUCCCAGGUUUAUCGAGCAAGUUGCUAAGUUCACAGUGCAGAGUUUGCAGAUGUGGCAGUUCGCGGCUAACUCGGUGCACUACCUGCUGUCGCUAUGGCAGCGCAUGGUGGCUUCUGUUCCGUACGUGACCGCCGCCGAGCCGCACCUGCUGGAGACCUUCGCGCCUACCGUCACUGCCGCCUACAUCAACACGCGCCUCGACUCCGUCGCGAUACUGCUCCGGGAGGGUAUGGAGGAUCCCCUGGAUGACAUGGGCGCCAUCCAGCAGCAGUUGGAGCAGGUGGCGGUGAUUGGGCGAUGCGAGUACGCCAAGACGUGUCAGCUGCUCGUGGCCCACUUCGACAGAGCGGCCGCCGCCUACACCGUCGAGACCAGGCCGCAGGAGAUGCUCAUCCUGCAAGGCCAGUUGACGUGGUUGGUGUACAUCAUCGGAGCGGCGAUAGACGGCCGCGCGUCAGUCAACACGUGCGACGAGAACGACGCCAUGGACGGAGAACUGGUGUGCCGUGUGCUGCAGCUCAUGGACCUCACGGACUCCCGACUGGCCACUGGCGGGUGCGAGAAGCUGGAGCUGGCGAUGAUGUCGUUCUUCGAGCAGUUCCGCAAGAUAUACGUGGGGGAGCAGGUGCAGAAGAACAGCAAGGUGUACCGGCGGCUGGGCGAGGUGCUGGGGCUCAACGACGAGAGCCAGCUGCUCAGCGUCAUCAUGAGGAAGAUUAUUACAAAUCUCAAAUACUGGGGCAGAUCCGAGCCUAUUAUCUCGAAGACCCUCAGUCUACUGAGCGACCUCAGCGGAGGAUACUCCUGCGUCAGGAAAUUGGUGAAACUGGAAGAGGUGCAGUUCAUGUUGACACAUCACACGGCCGAGCACUUCCCGUUCCUGGGCAUCGGAGCGGGGACAGUGGAGAUGAGGUGCCGUACGAUGCUAUACACAGCGCUCGGGAGGCUGCUGAUGGUUGAACUAGGAGAAGACGAGGAUAGGUUUCUGGCAUUCAUGUUGCCGCUCACAGCCGCAAUCGAAAGUAUAAUAGGUCUGCUGAGCAGUUCAGAUAGGUCACUGUACGCUUCAGAAGACGCCAAGAAGACCCUGAUUGGAAUAGCACGCGACCUAAAGGGACUGGCCUUCGCGUUCAACACCAAGACCACAUAUAUGAUGCUGUUCGAUUGGAUCUACCCGGUGUACAUGAAGGUGCUGCUCCGCGGAGUGGAGCUGUGGUACAGCGAGCCGGCUGUGACCACGCCCGUGCUCAAGCUGACUGCUGAGCUGGCCCAGAACCGCAACCAGCGGCUCCAGUUCGAUGUCAGCUCACCUAACGGCAUCCUGUUGUUCCGCGCGCUCUCCGAGGUCAUCUGCGCUUACGGCAGCAGGAUCCUGACGGUGGAGGUGGUCAAGAAGGAUCUGUACGCCAUGAAGUUGCGCGGCAUCUCGCUAUGCUUCGCCAUCUUGAAGGCGGCGCUGUGUGGGAACUACGCAAACUUCGGAGUGUUCAGGUUAUAUGGUGACGACGCAUUGGACAACGCGCUUAAUAUGUUUGUCAAGUUACUUCUCAGUAUACCGCAGAGUGAUUUACUGUUCUACCCCAAGCUGUCACAGACGUACUACGUGUUGCUGGAGCGGCUUGCACAAGACCACAUGCCGUAUCUGGCGUCGCUGCAGCCCGAUGCGACGCUGUACAUCCUGUCCUCCAUCUCCGAGGGACUUACGGCGAUAGACACCAGUGUGUGUACGGGAUGCUGCGCGACUCUGGACCACAUAGUGACGUUUCUGUUCAAAGAACUGGUGCAGAAGACCAGCAACAAGAACCCUCGCCAGCCGCUGCCGGAGAGCAGCAACAUGUUCGUCGAGGUGCUGCAGCGGCGGCCCGAGAUCAUGCAGCAGAUCCUGGCGACGGUGUUGAACGUGAUAAUGUUCGAGGACUGCUGCAACCAGUGGUCCAUGUCGCGGCCGCUGCUGGGGCUGAUCCUGCUGAACGAGGAGCACUUCUCGCGACUGCGCAGCGAGCUGAUCUCGCAGCACGGCAGCCAGCGGCGGCAGCAGUUCGCGGUCUGGUUCGAGCAGCUGAUGGCGGGCGUCGAGAGGAACCUGCUGACCAAGAACAGAGACAAGUUCACACAGAACUUGUCCAUGUUCCGACGCGACAUCAACGACCACCUGAAGGGCACCGUCAGCCCCGCGACCAGUGUGGCGCCCUCCGCCAGCGACAUGAUGACGUCAUAGUACCCUCGCACCUCACAACCACGCGUCCGUAAGGGACUGGGGUCGUUGACCGAAUGGUUAGCCUUUAAGGAGACUGUCCACUGUCGUGCCAGCGCCGUGCCGGGAAUGUGUCAGGCAAAUAAGUAUUAUUUCGAAAAAUAUGAAACUAUGCCUGUUUCGAAAUCAAAUAUGUUUUUAUUCGACGCUUUUUAAUUUCGCCAAUGUUAGAUUUAUGCUCGUUAGUCCUAACCCAUAACAAAAGAAAUUUUCAUUGGGUACGUUCUAGUAGAAAUCACCCUGAAAUGGUUAUAAAAAAAAAUCUAAACUACUACCAUUCUUUCUCACUAUUACUCUAUAGUUGGUAUGAGUGCACAGACACACGAGUACAAACAAAAGCAGUAUGUGCUUAAAAUCACAUUACAGAAGUAGUAAUGACUUAAACGACUCGAGACAACAUCAAGAACCCCGAACAAGUGUUACAUAGCCGAACAUAAUGACCCACUGUCAUUCAAUACCAGUGUCUCUAAAGAAGUUUUUACUUUGAAAAAAUCAGUACUAAUGACACAAUAUUGAGGUUGCAAUCAUAACAUGCGACUGUAAUAAUUGUAAAGUACAUGCUUUUUGUCAAAGUUUUCACACCAUACUGUGUCGGGGUUAAUUUAUUGAAUUUAUACAAAUUAAAUUUGUAACCAAGAUUUAUGAACGAUAUGGGAGUCGAACCCGCGCCUCUCGGGUUGCUUCCGAGCGCUCUUACCAAUUGAGCCAACCGUCUGAAUAAGGCAUCGAUUGUAAAUCUUGAUCAACUCUCAUGUUGUGGCUCCAUCUACAGUAUCUACUUUACAAUUGAUAACAAUUUUUUACAAAUUAAAUUUAUAUAAUUAAUCCCAGAAGUGAAAGAUAUAUUACUUUUAAAAUAACAAAUUCUUGAAUUUAAUUUUACUAUUUCAUAGCUAAAAGACGCUGUAAAAAUAAUUUUUCUCCGCUACUAGAACGUUCCCAGUUUAUUUUCUAGUCCGAAACGUUCAUAAAAUUGACCCCGCACGGUACGCUAUAGUGAACAGUCUUCUUUAGUAGCGCGACUGUGAUACUAAAUUUACAGCUUAUGCCAUAGAACGUUUUAUGUCAUCCUUUAUACUGCGUGGUGUUUUUGUAUUGUAGGUACAUUUAUGACGGUACCUACCAUAGAAACCAGUACUAAGUAGUGAUUUAGUAUUAAACGGAAUGGUGGACGUGAAACGACGCGUGAAUAUUUUGUAUACCAGUAUAACUAAACCAACUUUGGAAACUUCUACAAUUUGCAACUAUAGCAAUCGAAAUAUGUAUUUCAUUAGUAUAUUUUCAAAUUUUAUAUGUAAUCAAAAUUUAUGAACGAUACGGAACCACAAACUGAGCCUAUCGGUGACGCAUGGAUCGUAAAUCUUUGAACUCUCAGGUUGUGGCUUCAUCUACAGUAUCUACUUCACAGUUGACCCCAAUAUUAGCAUAUUAGGAAUGUGAUUUGAGAUGUCGCCGUUCCGAGUCCCGUAUCGUUCUUAAAUUUUGGUUAUAAACUUUAAUUUGUAUAAUACUCACAUACCUAUAUUAAAAUAUCACUGAAUGUUACGGCUCGUUGGCGGUUACAGACUUAUUUGACUCGUACAAAGACAUUUAAAGAGAAUAGACCAACUUGAACGUGCGGUUUAAAGGGUUAUUGUUGGUGAUGUGACCUUUACAAAAUUACGUUUUUUGAUACGUGUUCAGUCGGCAUUCAGACACAUAACCUGCAACGCGAGACAAAUAUCGACAAAAAUUACGAAUUGUUCCGUUUUCAGGUGUAGGAAACGAACAGUGGUCCAAGCAAGCUCACUGGUACAUUGCCUUUCACUGUGAGUACAAUUGACUUCGUUCACAUAAUAAGUAUCAACAUUAAAAUCUUAGAUCAUAUAUAUGUGUAGAUAGACUAUGAAAGCUCUGAAAACGUCGAAAAAAUAGUUGAUAGUUAGCCUCUGUUUUGAGCAAUGCACACAUACUAAAGUAAUAAAACUUGCCUGUUUUCAUCGGUUGACUAGCAGAAUGAUCUCUAGACAUAUAAAUUAUUUAACAUUAUGGCUCCGUUCCGAUAUGCACUGCGAGCACUGCACAGUGCUAUCACUGUAUAAAAAAUCGUUCCGUUAUGGACUGCCAGUUUACUGCCGCAGUACCCUAGGGAAAUAUAUGACGUCCUAAAUCGUCGCCAUAUUCUACUGUGAGCACUGGCGUUUUCGAGGUAAGGUACUCGCAGUACUUUGAUCACGUGAUCAGAAAAAAUUACUCGAGUGCCUAAUGUUUCAUAAACAAUACCUACAGUUUAAUCCCAAAUCCCAACAACUAGAAAACUUUAAUACACUCAUUUGAAAGCUGCGUCAAAAAAUGCGGCUAACAGUAUACGGGAUUGCGUUCUAUUUUAAAUAGUAACCAAUAUAACUGGCUAUAAAGGAACGGCUUCACGGUAUACUAAAUUGACGUCACACUGUACAGUGGUCGCAGUGCAUAUCGGAACAUACAACUUAGUCGAAUAAUAUACAGUUCUAUCAUACCACUUUAGGCGGGAAGCGAUGUGAUUGGUUAAUUUUGUUUGCGUCACGGCCGCCACGCCCAUGUCCCUCGCAAGAAUUUGUUGACGCGAACUUUAUACUAAAUAGUUUGUAUUGUCGGUCUAAUCUGUUUAAAUGUCUUUGGGGUUCAGAAUGAAAAAAAAAAAUUUUCAAGCUUUCUAGGCUUUGAAUUUAGAGGCUAUACUAUGCGAUGCACACGUUUUUAACCGUGUGAGUUUAUGAAGCAAAAAAGGAAGCAAACAAGCGGCCGCACUUGCGGUUUUUUCCCUUGACUGAUUUACAAUGUGAAAUGUUACAAAAUUGUCGCGAAAACAAAUCGCCGCAAUAUUUGUAAUUCGUAGAACUUAGUGGGUAGAUUAUGUGUUAACCGCGGAUUUUUGCUAGUAUUCGGCUGACCGUCGCGAAGAAUUGUCGUGUUGUUGAAAUGCCAUUGAAAUUAUGUCGUCAACCGAGUCGUAGUCUGUUUCAAACGUAUAGAGUACGAGUGUUUGUCCCAGAAAAUCAUAGUGGAAGUACAGAAAAGACCUGCUUAAUAUGAUAAUACUUUGCGACAGUUGUUAAUGAAUGGACCCAAUAUUUGCAAAAUUUUCGUUGAUAUCUUUUUUCUAAUUCUUAGUAUCAAAGCAACUGAAAAUCGUGGGUGGUUUCGCAGUUUAUAAUCGUGGUGUGUGCUCGUGCGGUUUUUCGAUUAGAGCGGUUAACCGAUCUCGGGAAAAAACCGUAGUGCGUAGUAAAACCUAUCUCUUAAGAAUACAGAUCUUUAAAUAUCUACAGUCACAUGUUUAAUGGCAACGGAUCCCGCGAUGUUUUGGUCUGAACAGUAGUUAAGCCUCAAUGGUUCUCUUUGCAUUGGCUGGUGGCCCGUUUAUAAGCAACUAGGUCCUAUUUUAGGACUAUGUUGAAAUCACACAAAUCGCACACUUUUUAAUUUUUUUAUACGAUAGUUUUAAGACUUAUAAUAUGAAACCAUAUGAAGUGUUAUAUAUAUAAUAUAAUCACGUGAUAAUUACCGUCAAGACGAUGAGAAUCACACAAAUUCACGUUCGCAAAUGUUGUUGACUGUGAAAUGUAUUUAAACGUUUCCGCCUCGGAUAUAAAAUCGUGAAUCAUUUAAAAAGUAAACUCUGUGCUUGCCCGGUUAUACAAGGAAAUAUUUCACUUCACAUAACUUCACCAUUAAUUGGAUGUAGUUCCUGAAAAACGUUCCAAGCCACAAACAUCACAUUUUAAGGAAUUCGUAUUUAAAGAAAUAUUAGUGUAUUCCAAUCAUGUGGGUUGGGCUACUAAGUCAUGAUGUCAUUUAAAGAGUGACAGUAGGGCUGCCAUUUUUUGUCUGUCCGUUAAUAUGACUCACGUGACCAAUUUUGUGUUCGUAACUCAAUUUCGACAUGAUUGUGGUUUGGAACGUUUUUCUGGAAUUACGUCCAGGUGUAUGAGUGAAUUUUGUUUCGAAACACACAAAAAUCUAGGAAAAAAAAUUAUUUAAAAGGUUUCACACCCUCAUGUUUCAGUUUCUACCUAUGAUGUGGUUUUAGAAUUACUAGUUGGAAUUUUUGUGACCAAAUCGUUAACAAUCAAAUCAUUUUUAUUGAACAUCUAUAAAUUUACAUGAAAAGGGAGUGUCUCGUAACACUCCCAUGAGUUGAUUCAUUGAAAUCAUGUUAAUAUCGACAUGUAUUGAGAAAAUCCCCCAAGAAAGUAAUAAAUGUCCCCCCUUUGAGUUAUAAUGUUUUCAAACAUCAAAGGGACCUUCUUGAUAACAUUCCUAUGAGCUUUGUAACAAAGAAGAAAUAAUGUAUCGAAAGGGGGGUUAAGUCGCCCCCCCUUUUGCUACGGCAAAUAUGUAUAUUUCAUAUCCUCCUACAGUGUAAUCUUAAAAUGGAUUGUGUCUUUACAAUAUUAUUAUUAUAUCCGCGGUUUUUAUUUUAUUGUAAUCCGAUUAUAAGAUAGUAUCAAAUCUGACAUUUUGCAUGAAACAGUAGCGGAAAUAAUCUGUUCCCCUUUUUAGGUACAGGAGGGGGGCUAUUUGUAAGUAGAUGUUAUGACAAGUAAUUAGUUUUACAAUAAUUGUUUCCUGUAAUCGACGUGAUGUAUUUAUGUUGUUAUGUUAAGUUGUAAAUAUUUAAUAAAUUGUGAUUUUUAUAA